GUGGGGGAUGUGCACCGCCCUCUGGAGCCUGGAGUUCUCCGUCUGCAGCCAUCUACUCGCCGUUCGCGGCUGCGGGGUUGUCGGCGCCGCCUGGCCAGUUCGGCUCGGCCGCUGAGCAGGGACCUGGCGCUGCUCUCAGGCACGCUGGUGAGGGCUCGGGCGAGCUUUCACGUGAUGAGCAUGAGCAGCUCGCGGUCUUGCUCGGCAAGAAAGGCGACUUGGUGGGCGCGGCCCGCCACAAGGCUUUGGCCGCACCGCCGCCGCCGACCAAAGAGCCGACCUUGCAGCACCAGGUCAGCAUGGCGCACUCCAAGAUGCGCAGUGUGCAGAAGCGUCUUCACGGUGCCGUCUCUCGGUAUGAAGAAUGGAGUGCCCAGAUGGUCCAGCAGAAAGCGGUGGUGUCGCAGCUGGCGUUGGAGGCCGAGGAGUGCGAGCGGGCCCAUGCCAACCUCGUGGCACAGCUCCACCAGUCCACGUGCAAGGUGGCGGCGGAUGUGGAGCCUGCUCUGCGUUGCACUCUCGGGUCCAUCCUCGACGGCUCCUUCACGAAGCAGCUCACUAUUGAUCCUUCGGAAAUCUUCGGCUCCACUGAUGAGUACGAGAUGUCUCCUGAGGACCAAGAGCAGCUGGACCGCCGUUCGAAGGAACUCAAGGACGGCAUUCAGUCUCUUGCUCAAAGCUUGUUUGCGUCAGCCGUGGAGACGGCCAAUCGAGUGCGGGAGGAACACCAGCAGCACGUGGAGAGGCUGGCCAAGAAGCGGCUGGCAGUGGCGUUCGCGAUGGCGGGGCUGCUGGUGGCAGCGGCGCGGCAGCGGCAGCUCCCAGCGCGGCGCCUGUGUCUCCGCCUGCGGCUACUGAUUCUUCUCGAGGCGAAUCUGACGAGGCUGCCGCUGCUGAAGACGUUCGCCGACGUGCAGCUCUCAUCAUUUCUGAACAAUCAGCUCCCCCUGCUUCGGCUGCCAGUGCUUGAGCAGGGGGGAGAUCGUACGCAGAACUACGUCGAUGUUGAUGCGCUCCUGGUGCAGGGCGACGCGUUCGGGGAGGCUGGGCAGGUGUGCAGCGUGACAGUGAGGCCUGGCCUUGCGUUCGCGCAGCUCUCUCUGCACAG